AUAUACCAACAAACGAUAGCUGGAAUAGAAACAUGUUAAAGCCGCUGAGAAAUAAACUUGUUGCAAGUGAUGAACGAAGUGGAAUAUUCAAAUAAAUUCAGUCUAACAUUAAGCUUGGAACGUGCAGCAUCUUAUCUCUCUAGAUUCCUGUUAUUCUAUCAGUCGUGUUAGACCAAAAUCAAAACCGACCUUACGUUUGACUGCUAAUUGUUUUAAAAUGAAAUCGUUCGUAUCUGUUCCUGAAAAUAGUGACUUCCCUAUCCAGAACCUACCAUAUGGAAUUUUUUCAACACAAGAAAAGUCUGAACGUCGUGUAGGAGUGGCCAUUGGAGAGUAUGUUCUUGACCUUGGAAUGAUCAAACAAUAUUAUCCAAACAAAUAUCACGAUGCUCUUACAGCCAACGUGCUUAAUUCUCUAAUGGCGCUUGGAUACGAUGCAUGGAAAGAAAUCCGGCAAAUAACUCAAAACCUACUUCAGGAGGGUUCCGCUUUACAUACUAAUUCGAAUCUGAAGGAUACCGCUUUAAUACCACUGGCGUUGGUACAAAUGCACCUACCCGCCAAUAUUGGCGACUAUACUGACUUUUAUUCAUCCAUUCAUCAUGCAACAAACGUUGGGAUCAUGUUUCGUGGAAAUGAUAACGCACUAAUGCCAAAUUGGAAACACCUCCCAGUCGGCUAUCAUGGAAGAGCAAGCUCGGUGGUUGUAUCGAACACACCGAUUAGACGUCCAUUGGGCCAAACACUACCAGUGGAUGGAGCUGAUCCGGUGUUUGGUCCAUGCCGUUUGUUUGAUUUUGAACUAGAGAUGGCAUUUUUUGUUGGCGGACCACCAACCCAACUUGGAGAACGUGUCACAGUCGAUGACGCUGCCAAGCGUGUGUUUGGGUUUGUUCUAAUGAAUGAUUGGAGUGCUCGGGACAUUCAAAAAUGGGAAUAUCAGCCACUGGGACCAUUUACUGCGAAAAAUCUAGGCACAACGAUUUCCCCGUGGGUUGUUACAGUCGCUGCAUUAGAGCCAUUCAAAGUGGAUAAUUUUCCGCAAAAACCAACACCAUUCCCAUACCUGUAUCAUGAGCAACACUUCAACUUCGACAUCAAGCUAGAAGUAGAUAUCAAACCUGCUAAAGGUGUCGCUACAACGGUUUGUCGUUCCAACUACCGCAACUUGUACUGGACAGCAUUACAGCAGAUUGCUCAUCACACAGUUACCGGAUGCAACUUAAAUCCAGGCGACCUUAUGGCAUCAGGAACAAUUAGUGGAGACACGGCUGAUUCUUUUGGGUCCAUGCUAGAGCUGAGUUGGAGAGGUACUAAGGCGAUACCUCUUCUUGGUGGAGAAUCAAGGAAAUUUUUACAGGAUAAUGAUGAAGUCGUUGUGCGUGGCUAUUGCCGUAACGAUGACUUUAAGAUUGGAUUUGGAACAUGUAGUGGAAUUGUACUGCCGGCAAUGACACUCUAAUGAAUUCUCAAAUGAGUAAACAAUAUUAUUCUGAUGAGUGUAUCAAAGACAUCUUAAUAUAUAUUACGAAGGAUUUUUAUAAAGAAUAAGAUCUUGUCACUAUGUAGUGCUAAAAAUAGUGCCUACAGUCGAUAAAUACGCAUUUAACAUUACCUAUUGGAAAUUUAUGGGAAUGAUACUAAAGCCGUUUUCGCUUGAGAAAACUGAAAAUGAUCCAAGGUAGUUUCAUCAAACAUUUUUCACGAAACUGCUCGAUUCCUACUUAGCAACAGGGGUUUGAGCGAACCUGAAAUAAAAACCAUGUUUGAAACUGA